CUCUCGGCCGGCCCGGGCUCGCCCUUUCGCCGGGCCUGCGUCGCUCCGGCCGCCGUUCAGGAGGGGCAGCGCCCAGCCGAGCGUCCCCCGCCGCCGCGGCGGCCCUCUUGCGUGGUUCUCGAGUUCUACGUGUGCCGUAGGGUGCAGUAGAGCCCAUGCAGAUUGACGUAGAUCCACAAGAAGAUCAGCAAAAUGCACCUGAUAUCAACUAUGUGGUGGAGAACCCCACUCUGGAUUUGGAGCAGUAUGCAUCCAGCUACAGUGGUCUGAUGCGAAUUGAACGGCUACAAUUUAUUGCUGAUCACUGCCCACAGCUACGGGUGGAAGCUCUCAAGAUGGCACUGUCAUUUGUCCAGAGAACUUUCAAUGUUGAUGUGUAUGAAGAAAUCCACAGAAAGUUGUCUGAGGCCACCAGAGAACUGCAGAAUACACCUGAUGCUGUCCCUGAUAGUGGAAUUGAACCCCCUCCUCUUGACACAGCUUGGGUUGAAGCUACACGCAAAAAAGCUCUUCUUAAACUGGAGAAACUCGACACAGAUCUGAAAAAUUACAAAGGGAACUCCAUCAAGGAGAGUAUCAGGAGAGGCCACGAUGACUUAGGUGAUCAUUACCUUGACUGUGGGGACCUCAGCAAUGCUCUCAAGUGUUACUCGCGAGCCCGUGAUUACUGCACCAGUGCUAAACAUGUUAUCAACAUGUGCCUCAAUGUUAUCAAGGUCAGUGUCUACCUCCAGAAUUGGUCUCAUGUUCUGAGCUAUGUAAGCAAGGCUGAGUCUACACCAGAAAUCGCAGAACAAAGAGGAGAAAGAGACAGCCAGACACAAGCAAUUCUCACGAAACUGAAAUGUGCAGCAGGCUUGGCCGAACUAGCUGCUCGGAAGUACAAACAGGCAGCAAAGUGUUUCUUGUUGGCAUCAUUUGAUCACUGUGAUUUCCCUGAGCUGCUGUCUCCUAGCAAUGUGGCUGUGUAUGGUGGUCUCUGUGCCCUUGCUACCUUUGACCGUCAGGAACUGCAACGAAAUGUUAUCUCCAGCAGCUCCUUCAAAUUGUUUUUGGAGCUGGAGCCACAGGUUCGCGACAUCAUCUUCAAGUUCUACGAAUCUAAAUAUGCUUCAUGCCUGAAGAUGCUGGAUGAGAUGAAGGACAACCUGCUGCUGGAUAUGUACCUUGCACCUCAUGUCAGGACACUUUAUACUCAGAUUCGAAAUCGUGCCCUUAUCCAGUACUUCAGCCCCUACGUAUCGGCAGAUAUGCGCAAAAUGGCCACUGCUUUUAAUACCACAGUGGCUGCUCUGGAAGAUGAACUUACUCAGCUGAUCCUGGAGGGACUGAUCAAUGCCAGAAUAGACUCACACAGUAAGAUUCUUUAUGCUCGAGAUGUAGAUCAGCGCAGCACAACUUUUGAGAAAUCUUUACUAAUGGGCAAAGAGUUUCAGCGACGUGCCAAAGCUAUGAUUCUGCGAGCUGCAGUCCUCCGCAACCAGAUACAUGUCAAGUCUCCUCCAAGAGAAGGUAGCCAAGGGGAGCUUACUCCAGCUAACAGCCAGUCCAGGAUGAGCACCAACAUGUGAAAAACUUCAAGCACUACCAAAAGAAAUGGUCCCUCCAGGACUACCCAGUGUUUCACCCACUAACUGCUGAGCUUCACAAACUGUCCCUGUCUCCCUCACUUCUUGCUCGGAUUGAGAGGGUCAGGGCUGAUGGUGGAUAAUAUGAAUAUUCCAAUAACUUCAAUUCUCCUUGAAAAGAAAUUCUUUCUAAAAACAGCAUCCCUGCAAUGGGUCGUCAUUUCAAUUUUGGUAGAACAUCUCUCUCUAUUCUCCUUCUUCCACCACUUGAAAGAGCUGUCGGGUUAUUCAUACAGAUGCUGAUUUGAGAGUUUUUCAGCUGCUACUCGUUUUUCGUUUCAAAGCUGCAAAAAUAGUGUUAAGCUGAAUGGACAGGCAUGAUCUAAGAUGAGUUUUGCUGGCCUGAAAAUACUGCCUUGAUUCUGAGCAAUGCUGAGCUUUCUGUUUAUUCCAGAUAAACCUACAAGUGCAUUGCUCUCAAUUAUGGAGGUAGAGUUCUGAUAGGAGAGAUUUCCUGUGAGAAACUCUUAAUGAUUUUUCACCUACACCAGAAAACAUGGCAGUGCUUCCAUGCAGUCACAGGCCUUUAUUUUAGGGUGUUAUGUUUACCUGGAUCCAGGUUCUUUCUCUCUGAUCUCUUUUCAAAGACCUGUUCCCUGAUGUGUUUCCCACUUGUGCGUGACCUGGCUUUGGGGUUCAGUGUUACCAUAGCAGUAAAUCUCUACUUCAUGCAAAUAUUGCUGUUUGUCCAGUCUUACUGCCAUAGUGUGUGAUGGCUUCCCAACAUGUGCAGCAGUUGCUUCUGGUAGCAUGGAUAAAUGACAUAAAAUACUACUCAAGUCCUGUGGAAGAGCUGAAAGCAGCCAGUCUAGGUGCCCGCUCUCCAGAUGCAUUUAUUCUGCUUUUUCUUUUAUAAAGGGGUUAAAGGUGGCAGCCCAGAUGUGUGUGUUCUUUGUUAAUGAAAGGAGAUACGCACUGAAUUUUCUGAAGUCACUGCAGCCUUGCAUUCAUCUAGUUCAUAAGGCAAACUUAAGAAUUUUGUUCCAGCCCUGGCUGGUCUGGCAACUGACUACAGAUGUUACUGUUAACGUGUUAAUGCUUUGCCCCGUGCCCCCCCUCCCCGCCUUUUACUUUGUUAGUAAGUUGUUAUGUCUAGUGCAUUAAAUAGCAGGAUUAAAAAGCUUCUGAGUAUUUUGAGCUUUGUGUUAAAGUUGGGGUUUAGGUAUUUUGAUCUCAAGCCAUUCAUUUUUUGCUAAGCUUGAUGACAUUUUGUAGGCAAUUGUAUUUUGUUUUCUGAUCUGGUUGGAGAUGUGGCUUGGAUGAACUGUGAAGAAAGUGCAAUUUGAGGGAACAUUCUAACAGCAAAGUUCCUGGACUGUGUUUGCACAGCUGUUAAAUUGCAACAGUACUCUUUCCCUCUGGCUUUCCAUGCUUUUUAUGACUUAGGUGCUGAAAAUGGAAGCAGUAGCUCCUGUGAGGUCUUUGGUUAAAUGUCUUCUGUUUGGCAUGGAAGAAGAAACCCAUUUUUGAGGGGAGAAAGGAGAGAGCUAGUUAAUUAAGAACUUUGAGUCAGGUAUCGCUGAUGGCCAGUUUAGUGAGAAAGGCAAGAUGAGUCCUGGACAUCCCUGUAGAAAUGCUGGGAAAGUCACUUCGAUGCCUUCUGCUCAUGCUGAAGGAAAGUCAUCCAGCCCUGGUAAUACUACUUAAACGUACUUUCUUCCCUAAAAUGGGCUGCUGACACCAUUUCUAAGGAUAAGAUCUUAUGCUCUGCUCUUGUUAAGAUCGUUUUGCAACCCAGUUAGGUGCACCAUGUAAGCCGGCUAUCUUUGCUUACACACAGCUUCCACACUCUUGAUUUUAUUAGAUUACUUCUGUUCCUUCCUAGAGGCUUUCUGCUGGAGGAAUCCUCAGUUGUAAAUGGAUGUCUGCAGCAUGCUGACUUGAGAGUCUGCUCUGCCAGUUACUAGUUAGUGCUUGCCUGCUCGUGGGAGGUGGCUGGAAGAGAGUAUCCUUUAGCAGUCAGCAUGGAGCCCACGAGGUGGCAACAGUAGUUUCCAGAUCUUGCUGUGGCCCGAGGCAGUGCCGUAGCUGGGGCAAAGGCGAUGAGUUUUGUCUCUCCAGACAAUGCUUACAACCUCUUUUGGACAGAUAGGGCAUUUGUCUUUUAUUGCUUAGUUCAUAGGCACUGUUCAAGCAUAGUGUAUGCUUUUGUAUGGAAUUAUCGGCAUGUAAUUCUUUCCUUUAGCCUGUGAAAUAAGCUACUGUUGCUUGUAGAUGUGAGUCAGGCCUGUCCAGUCAUAUUUCUUUUAGACAUUGUUCAAUGCCUGCUUCAGUCCUAACUACCCACCAGUCCAAAAAUUAGGAAAUAAAAGACAGCACAGGUAUAGUUCUUUGUAACUUGCAUUGAUAAGCAUUUUCCUCCAAUGAAAUAUUAUUCUUACCUUAAAUUUCUAGGUAAUUUCCCAAGUAAUAAAUGGGAAGAUAGUGAUGAAUGAAUUGUGAUUCCCUGUAACCAGCAAGGUAAUGCAGUGGAUGAAGUUGUGUGUUGGUAUGUCUAGGAUAUGUUCAGAGGAACUUAAGUGGAUUUCUUUAACUUAUGCUGCACCAUUUUGUUGACAAGGAAGGAGAUGGUGGUGGUAGGCCCUAACUGAUGGUGUCAUCAUGCAGUGGAAAUCAUACACCUGACCUGGCUAGGGAUAAAGGAAAAACAGUUGGAAAGAACCUGGUUCUUUUGGUGAAGGCAGUUUUAACUAGCACAACUAGCUUUAGCGGUAAUGUAAAAACUGCCACUGUGAGAUUUGUGUUGGAGUAGUUGGGGACAAUUGGUGAAUAUUUGGCCAAAACUUGGCCAACAUAGUGGUCUGUAUUGCUAAGAUUUGUAGAGGGAGGCCUAUAAGAAGGGGAGAUCACAUUGUGGCUUGGAUUGUCACUGGGUGCAGCAGCAUCUAUGGGCUACUGUCAUCUGAGAGACUUCAGUGGAUGAGGGAGAAAGUAAUAGAAUUCUGUCUUUGCCCUGUGCCAUGCAUGUACGAUCUGUGUGUUGGUAUCUGGGACUCUGCCAUGAUGGUCUCAGCGUUACUUCCUAACUUAGUUGAAAUCUUCAGCAUUGUUCCAUCCUCUGGACAACUCCCAAAUCUGCCGCUGAAUAAUGUAUUAUUUCUGAUAUGUGCGAUGUAAUAUAAACUCUUAGAAAAACAAAUGAGGAAAUGUUAAUAGCAACGAUGCUUCUGACAAAGACUCAUUAUGCAUAGGCUGGUCAAGCAUUUUUAAAUUAUUUUUUUUAAGAGUAAAGUCUCAGCCAACUUAAUUUGGCUAUUCAAGGUUCUUAUGCAAUCUCCUUCAUUACUUUUUCUGUGAAGCAGAUAACAACUGGGGAGCAGUGUGCUCCACAGGGCAGUGCUCUUAGUAUUUUCUGUGCUACCCCCUUGUGAGAGCUGAGACUAAUACAAGUCAGCAUUUCAUUUUUUUCAAUAGUCCAUCAGCUGAAUUUGCAGUAGGGUGAAAAAUACCAAAUUGGUAUGGAACUGACUUCAGCUUAUCUCUGAUGCUGUCAGGGUGUAAGGGAUGAAUUACUCUGUGCUUUGCAAAUGAGCUUUGUACUUCAACUGAUAGUAAUUUGGCUUCUCUGUUCUAUGGAUCUGAAUUCCGUUCAACAUUUCAUAGGUUCUGAUAGAAAAACCUAGCUUAAGAUUAUCUUAUAGGAUAACUUGAUCAGGCUAAAUUAACUAGAUAGGGAACAGAAACUGGCUAAUAGGUUAUGUCAACCUCUAAGAAAUAUAUGAGAUUCAGUAGUUAGAAGUUUGGUACAAAGUCAUAAUGCAAGUUAAGACAAUUUCUUGAUGACAGAGAAAGAAUUCAAGCUUAGCCUUCAGCAGACUUACUAAAAGCUACAGACUGAAGGGUAGCUGCAUUAGCAAGAGAUGGUCUCAUUCAAACAAGAAUUCAAAUGGCAAGAUCUGAAAAUCUGUCUUACGUGGUAGAUCAGGCUAGGUAAUCUUCUUGUCCUUGAUCCCACAGAUACAGCUGUUUCAGUCCUUUAAUACUUGCGCAGCUAUAGCUUUGAUGAUUAUACUCCAUGUGCCUGUAGUUUAACUGUGAAGUCUAUGUGUACAUAAAGUUUGUACCCUGUAAAUAUGUGCUGAGAUCCAGGGUUUUCAAUCUUUGUUUGGAUGUACUUUUUGGUUUUUUUUAAAAAAAAAAAUUCUCUGCUAUCUCAUCUUAUAAGCUCUUUGCCAAAUAAAGGCCAUUGGUUUUCUUUUUGUUAGGUGAACUACUA